GAAAGGACCCCUCGCUCCCAGCGCUGGAGGAUGCGGGGUGUGUGACGGGCCGGGCUCCGCCGCCGUUGGCGAGGUGGGCGUGUUGCGCUGCCGUGAUGGGCGACACCUCGACCUUGGACUAUGAACUGCUGUCCCCAGGACAGUCAGAGCCCGGCCCUGGCGCCCUCGGGAUGGACGCCGAGCAGAAGACGGUCUUCGCCUUUGUCGUCUUCCUGCUGAUCUUCUUGGUGAUGCUGAUGGUGCGCUGCUUCCGCAUCUUGCUGGACCCUUACAGUCGGAUGCCGGCCUCCUCCUGGACUGACCACAAGGAGGGUCUGGAAAGGGGCCAGUUUGAUUAUGCUCUCGUGUAGU